UCCCGCCGCGGCCAUGGCGGUGCCCGUGGGCGUGACCCGCCUGCCCCGGGGCCCGGACGGCGGCAGCCGCGGCUUCGACCCCAGCUCGGCGCGGUACCGGGCGCUGGGCCCCACGGCCCGGCCCGUGGCGGCGGGCGCGGAGCUGGAGCGGGAGCAGCGCGGCCGCGUGGCGCUGCGGGAGCGGUACCUGCGCAGCCUCCUGGCCAUGGCCGGCCGCCCCGUGCGCUUCGCCCUGCACGAGCGCGUCGGCGUCUCCGCCCUGUUCGGCGCCUCCGACCGCGACAUCCUCAACUUCCAGGUGUCGGAGCUGCAGACCCCGCUGGGCGUCCAGCGCGAGGCCCUGCUGCGCUGCGCCGACAUCAUCGCCUACAGCUUCGAGCUGCCCGCGCCGUCCAGCUGAGCCCGGCGGGGCGGCCGCGUCCGGCCCGGCCCGGCCCGGCCCGGCCCCAGCCUUUGGCUUUCAGUCACCGCCGAGGACGCGCUGGACCCCUGGACCUGCAGCGGCAGCUCGGUGCCCCGCGGCUUCGCAGGCGGGGGACAGCCGCCCCUGCCCCGGACACGUGGGAGGACAGCAGUGCUGCUGCCCCCUGGCCUGGCAAGACUGCCUCAAUAAAAUGGAAGUCCUCGCUG